AUGACGGGCAGAAGCUACGGGGACAUGACGGUGAAUGAUGUGCUGCCGUGGGCACAGCAGAACAUGCCUGAUGGAUGGAUUCUGCAGCAAGAUAACGAUCCAGUGCACACAUCGGGUACGGCAGCCUUUGAUGAUCAAAAUGUCAGACUUCUCGACUGGCCAAGCCAGCCUCCAGACCUGAUUCCAAUAGGGCACGUAUGGGAAGAGUUUGGUAGGCUGUGUUCUAAGAGGCCAGCCAGAAAUAAGUAUGAGAAAUUUGCUUAG